AUGGCUGACCAACAAAAUACGGAGAGCAACUUUCAUUUCGUUGCCUUCCAAGAUCCUUCAAGUGCUACGGCCCGGAAGUCGUUGGAAAAGUCCCGAGCACGUGCUCACGCUGCACGAGUUACACAUUCAAGGAGAAAAGCCAAGCGUGGGCAAACGGUCGUCAAAUGGAUUGUCGAGGGCUCAGGUUCUCACGAGGACAACACUCAAAAGCCGGAGCAAGACAAAGUCAUGGCGACUAAAUUCAAGAUCAGCCCGUUGUCACGUCUUUCGCAAGACAAGGUCGACCCCUUUGGGUCAAACCCUCAUACCACGUUGCCGAGAUAUCUCCAAUCAGUCCUCGAUUAUGGUUAG